AUGGCGAGGAACAAAUGGCACGCUGAUGUAGCAUAUGCCGCAUUUUUCUACAACAUCUACACUCGAAACGGAGAAAAAUUAAGUAGAGGCCCGGGAUACGUCGGAGUACCGCUAGGUUGUCAACAAGUAAAACCGGCUCCAUAUAUGAUUGGAGCUACAAUACGCAAGGAUAGAGAUAGUCAAGAAGUCUACCUUCAAGUAACCGAUUGUAGUGUGGUUGCGAACUGGAGCGUAGAAAUUGAAGACUCAUUCCGGAAGAUAUUCGUCCCCAAUGGUGCUGAGUGGUAA